GAAGUGACCGCAUAACUCCAGGACACAAACUUUAGCUAGUAGCUGUAGCAUGAGCUGCACCACAACAACUAAACCAUAUGCAGCUAACCUGUUUCAGAAAUUAACGCAACCAGAAGCACAUAACCUGUUGUAUCUCCAUGUUUAACGCUGAUAUGGAGCUGUAGCCUGGAUUUAACACAGAGUAUUGAGAUAUGGUCUGACUGCAGCAGCAACCAUAAAGAUGCACAGCCGUCUGCAGGAGUUGAAGAAGGAAGAGGAGACUCUCCUCAAAAUCAAAGUCAUGCUACAAGACCAGCUCAACAGGUUGAAGUUUGAAGAAGGGGCCUUGAAAUCUAUCAUCAAUGCACAAAAUGAAGAAGGAGCCUCUCCACACUCGCCCCCAGAAAUCGAGGUUAAAAUCAACCUUGAUGAUGAGACCGAGAUCAACCGAACCAAACUACUGCUGAAUGCCGCUGUAGAUUAUGAUAUGGAGGAGGAGGAGGAGGAAGAUGACGAUGAGGAGGAAGAGGAGGACGAAGAAGAUGAUGAAGUAGAUGACAAUGAGCUGGAGUUUGUGCCUGAGGAGGAUGAGGAUGAGGAUUACUGAGAUGCUCAGUGUUCAUGGGGCUUAAAUAUUUGCACCUCUAAAUCAGAAUCCAGUGUAAACAGAUGUCUGUUUAUUUGUUCAUUUGUUUUGUACUUUCACUUUGGAAGUUUAAUUUAUUUGGACGGAGUGAGUAAUGGUUGCAGUGUAAUGAUGUUUGGUGCUAAUAGUAUCCUCUUUUUUUGCCUGAUUUCAGGCAUGUUGUCCGGAUUUUCAAUCUUUGUUAGGACUUGUGUCAAAAAUUGUGAGCCAUGACUCACAAAAAUGCCGUAACACAGUGUUGUUAGGAGCUUAUAGCUAAUUAAACAUUCUGUGCAUCUUUAGGGUUGGCAUUAAGAUGUAUGGCUGGGCCAUAUAAGAAGUCGUGUGUGCACUGUGUAAGAAAUGAAAACUGUAAGCACAAAAUAAAAUGUUUUGCAUUCAGGUUCA